AUGGACGAAGACACACGACGGCUAUCAGCCUUGCAAGUACGGACGGACUCUCCCAAUAUUGAGGCUACCGAUAAUGCGGCUGCCAAUCAUGCGCCUGCUAAUACUACCAAUGCGCCGAAAGCCAAGGAUCAUGUCAAUCAAACCAACCAUAUUAUUGCUGCGACUCCUGUGACCGCUUCAGACCGAGGGGACGCCUCCUCCAAACCGCAGAGACGCCGUAAUAAGCCAAGUCUAAGCUGCGAAACGUGCACUAUUAAGAAAACAAAGUGUGACCGAGGAAGACCGAUAUGUUUUGCAUGCGUUAAACGGAGAUCCGAAUGUCACUAUUCCCACCUUGCUGAUCUGAUCGAGGAAUCACAUCGUGCCCUGGGCAUCGAUACGCCAAAAAAAAAGUCAAAACCAAGCGGUGAUGCUGCGUCAAAUUCUACCCUUGUCAACAAUGGCACCACCAACCCCACAGAACGGCCACUUUCAAGGUCGUCAACUGGAUCCUCGCCGAUGCCACUUUCCAACGUUCCCUUCUCCCAUCCUACAGCUUCCAAUAUCUUCAAGGCCGAACAUCCCUUCAGCAACUACUGGACCCACCAGGGCGGGCUGAACGAAGUAAUCGGAGUUCUGCCAAGCAAAGACCAGGCAGAUAUUCUAAUUGCCAAAUACUUUGAUGUCGUUGAUCCCGUUUAUCCGAUGAUCCACCGCGAGUCCUUCCUACGAGACUACGAAUUCUUUUGGUUGUUGGCGCCAGCGGAGCGUCCGUCUGUAGAUGGGUCAUUGGUCGCUCUCAUAUUCGUCAUGCUGGCAAUGGGUACACAAUUUGUCACAUUGCCAUCGUCUGAUGACAAGGAGCAAACGGCUGAAUUUUAUGUUUCGGCAUCACACCAGGCGCUAAGAGUGUUCUCCUACCUCGGUCGUCCUUCGUUACGGGUCAUUCAGACCAUGGUUCUCAUCAUAUACUUUCUCAUGAACGAUAAUCACGCAGCGGAUGCUUGGGCAUUCGCAGGCAUUCUCAUCCGCCAGGCCUAUGCAUUAGGCCUGAACCGUGACCCGUCAAUCAUCGUUCCCCACGCGCACCCUUUCGAGAAGCAGCAGCGCCGCAAGGUGUGGCAAGCUGUGCUCUUCCAAGAUACUUUCCUCACCGUCAUACUUAAAUUACCUCCUACAGCCACUCAUACCGACGUCAGAAUUGAGGACCUGGCUUUGGAAGUGGAAGAGUCGCUCACCGAGUCCGGCGCAACAGAUGUCACAUACAUAUCGAGCAUGUGGAACCUUGCAAACAUAGUACAAUCGACUCUCUGUACCCCGCGGUCUCUUUCGCUCCCAAUAUCGUCCUCGCACACCCAACGCACCAGCCUGAUUGCUUCAUUCCAUCGCAUCUACAUGUCUUUCCCAGCGCCUUUCCGCACAUUCACCGAAGCAUCUAUCUGCGACUUAGCACGCCGGAGCAAAAGGCUUGCAAGACAAACUUUGUUCCUGACAAGCAAUUACUUCCACUGUCUUAUGCUAGUAUAUGCCGACGAGCAUGGGCAAUUAGACAUCGAUAUUCAGGGAACUUUAGACGCAGCUCACGAGGCCAUCAAUAGUUUCUUUCUGCUGCGCGCGUUGUUCGAGGACGAGGCCAUGGUGUGGUAUCAUUUCCAACAUCGAGCAUUUUCUGAAGCGCUAGUAAUCGCGGAGCUAGUCAAAGCCCAAAGUGACAACAUAGCAAUGAAUCCAACCAGAAUGAGAGCUAAGAAUGACGUUUUAAGGAUGAUUGGGAUUCUACAGCUGAGUAGUGGCGUAGACAUGGUGGCUCGCACGAGAGUUUCUGUGCUGAGCAGGUAUUUGUGA